AUGGCAACUCUUAUAAGAACUAUUUGGCUCGGGUAUGGUUUUAUCUUCGAUGAAUUAGCAGAUCCAAGAACAAAAUCAUGGUUUUUAGUGGCGAAACCGUAUCAAGGAUUGUGCGUACUCGGGCUAUACCUGUUGUUUGUACUGAAAAUCGGACCGAAUUGGAUGAAAAACAGACAGCCAUUUAAUGUCGAUAAACUUAUGAUAAUACAUAAUCUUAUCCAAGUUGUGGCGUGCUCUUAUGUCUUUUAUGAGGCCAUCAUAUACGCGUGGGGCUGGAAUUAUAGAUGGUUCUGCGAACCAAUAGAUUAUAGCUAUACUGAACAUGCAUUAAACGUGGCUGGAAUGGCUCACCACUACUACAUGCUCAAAUAUCUGGAUUUACUUGACACGAUAUUCUUCGUUCUAAGAAAGAAGUCCAACCAAAUUUCAUUUCUCCAUAUUUACCACCACACAGGAAUGGUGAUGAUGAUUUGGGGAGCAGUAACAUAUUUCCCAGGUGGUCAUGGAACUCUGAUAGGCAUGGUGAACUCUUUCGUGCACGUAGUGAUGUAUGGCUACUACCUUCUCACCGUCGCGAUGCCAAGUGUGAAACAGUCGUUGUGGUGGAAAAAACAUAUUACGCAAAUACAAAUUAUUCAGCUGGCCUGGUGCUGUAUCCAUAUGUUUGUCUUGGUCUUCAAGCAAGACUGCGAAUACCCACGCUGGGUAGCAAUACUCUUCCUCCCUAAUGAUUUGUUUAUGCUAACUUUAUUCGUGGACUUUUACAUAAGGACCUAUAUAAAGAAACCGAAGGUUACACCAGUUCAGUCUGAAAGCAAAGAAAAGAUGUUUGAAGAGUCGAUCGUACGGCAACGGACUGUGGUAGACAGUCAAAAGGAAUUAUGA